AUCAGAAUCACUCAUGAAUGUUAAGGAAAAAAAUAUCAAUUUGUAACAGUAUAACUUUACCUCGUAUCACGGAACAUAUUUUAGUUACUGUGACUUAUUGAGAAAAAGGUAUGACCCGGAAGUGCUUUUCAGAGCCGCUGAGAGCCUUUCUAGAAAUAUUGAGCACCUUCUAUUCUGUCCUGUUGUGUUUUAUUCUGAAAUGUAGUCGCAUGUCUACCCAACCCAACUGUGAAGUGUAAUGUUAAUUUUAUGUUAAUAUGUACAAUGUAUAAAGCUUGUUAAUUUGGAGAAUGUACUAAAUAUUUAAUUAGAAGAACUUAAGGAGGCUAUUAACAGCAAAAAGUACAAUAUAAAACUACUCAUAUCCCUUUCAAAGCAUUAUAUCAUAUUAUAUUAUACUAUUUUAUAUUCUGUGGUGGAUAAAUUAUUGAGAUUUAUUUAGUAGCCAAAUCAGAAUGUGAAAAUAGGUCAAAUAUAAAAUGCCUUUAUAGUUUUAGAUAAAAACGACUUACCUUAGCAGCACACAUUUAGAUUCAUAUUACUCAAAUGUCCAUAGAUUGACAUAACAUGGACAUUAAAUGGACAUGUGACAGUGAUAACGUAGAUCAUAUGAAAUAUUGGGAUUUUAUAAAAUAAUACCCACAAAUUGAACAGCAUCUUGAGCAUUUAAAUAAAUGUUGUCCAAAAGUAUUUUAAGUUUAAGUAGAUAUUAUAUUAUAGUAUGUUAUGUAAUAGUAUAAAGGCAGAGGACAGAUUAAUGGUCAGACGAUAUAAUGCAGGGGAGUGUGUAGCAGCUGACUGACUGAACAGGGAGGAGCUGUGAAACUUUGCUCGAGGCGUUGCAUUCCUGUGCUCACGGGUUGGCUGUUCGUGUCCAAAGAAAAAACAUUUAGUCUUCGACCAAAAUCAAGUGGCAGCUCAAAACCCAUUAAACCCCCCCGCGUCACGACAUUUAUUGGGACGGUGUGACAUAUUCGUUUUUAUUACGAUGGCAAGCUGGAAGAAUCACGUGCGUGCUCGACUGCAGCAGAGAGACAACACUGAGAAACUCCCGUACGUCGGCGUCUUCACGAGCUUGGCUCAGUUGGAGGAACGUUUUGAAAUUCGCAAACAAAUUCUGGAUGACGUUCAGCCCAAGAGUUUUGAAAGAGGUGGGUCUGAAGUUGGGAAAAACAUCAGACUCCUUCAACUCCAACUGAGAGAGAGCGAACACCUUGAAGAAAAGCUGUCUCAGACUGUCUCUGAUCUGACCACCGUCCUCUUUCUGAAAGAGGCUGAACUGCAGUACUGGCAGUCACGUGUGUCCCACUACCAUCAAGAGGCCCUUACUCUGGCUAGAGGGAGUAACACCCUGAAGGCGACCCUUUCAGAGUUCGAGUUCACCAUUGAGUGUCAGUCCAAAGAGUUGUCUGCCCUGCGUGCGGAGCAGAAAAGAGUAAAUGAGGAGUUGACUGAGGCUUGGAGAGAGAAAGAAGAACUUCUGCAGCGAUGGAUGCAGGAGAAGAGGGAGGAGGCAGACCGGUUGAAUAAAUACAACGAGACACAGGAAGGAUGGCAACGUUUGGCCAAACAGCUGAAGAAGCACCGCCUUGGAGAGAAGAGGAAGGAGCGUGUUCCCAUAGUGACGAGCUCUCGGAGUGGCGAAACAGAAACGCCUACAUCAGUCAUUCAGAGGAUCAAUAACACAACAGAUGUACACCAGGGGCCCUCAGACCACAGCCAUGUCUCAGCGGUGGCAAAAGUCUAAUAUUUCCAUGCGGAUCCUGGAGACGACAGUUCUCAGCGCAAAGGUUAUACCUCGCAGUACAUUUUCCAUUUCUCUAAUAUUUGCUCAUAUUUGAGGCCAGAAAGAUUCCUACGGCGCAACCCUUUUAAAAACCAGAAGUGUUUAAAUUAACCUAAAGAUGUAUGUAAAGAUCCAGCCUGUUCUCUACAUAUAUAGUUUAACUGAGACUUUCUUAAGAACGCCUACAUUCUGCAUUUGCUGCUUUAAUAAACAUUCCCCUUUCCCUAAUGUCGAUAACACUCCAUUUAUCUUAUCACGUCUGGACUUUGUCCCGAUUAACAACCUCUCUCUGAAGAUGUAAAACAAAAUCCUUCUACAUGUACCAUUUGAGGGGAUAAACCGCCGCUGCUCAUCCAGUUUCUGUCAUUUGAGUUGCAGAAGAUGGUGUUGUUGUAAAGUCAGGGCUUGUUAUUAGUGACUAUGUGCUCUUGUUUAUUUGUAAAGAAAAUCAUGUGAAUCAUUUUUAUUUCCUAGAUCAAACGAUGCAUUUGAAAAUAAAUGAAUACUUUUUAACAUAUUAUUAAAUAAUAAUUUUGAAUAAAUAACUGUUCUUAUUAAGAUGGAAAAGA